AUGACGAAGAUCGAUUUCUGGCCCACGCUGAAGGACGCAUACGAACCGCUGUACCCCCAGCAACUGGAAAUACUGCGCCAGCAGGUGGUCUCCGAGGGGGGGCCCACGGCGACUAUCCAGUCAAGGUUCAACUACUCAUGGGGCCUGAUCAAGUCCACGGACGUGAAUGACGAACGGCUCGGCGUGAAGAUCCUCACGGAUAUCUACAAGGAGGCCGAGUCCCGCAGACGGGAGUGCUUGUACUACCUGACGAUCGGCUGCUACAAGCUGGGCGAGUACUCUAUGGCCAAGCGAUACGUAGACACUCUCUUCGAACACGAGCGUAACAACAAGCAGGUGGCUGCGUUGAAAAGCAUGGUUGAGGACAAGAUUCAGAAGGAAACCCUCAAGGGCGUCGUCGUCGCAGGAGGCGUGCUGGCAGGUGCUGUGGCCGUAGCCAGCUUCUUCCUGAGGAAUAAAAGAAGGUAA